GCCGCGAAAGUCUGCGCGGCUAGUUGGCGGUUGUUCAGGAACAGGCAGUAUUCGCUACAAUUUGCUACUUGGCAGCUUCUAGCCGUCGACAGGCCACUUUACUUCACCGUCGCGUCGCGUGUUAUCAUUGAAGUUGUGAUUUUUUCCAUAUUACCGUAUCGGUUGAACAGGGGCCAUUGUUUAAGGAAGCGUUUCACAUGGGGUCUAACCCGCAUCAUACAUAUGUUUAGGCGUUAUCAGUUAUCAUCAGUGCGAGCGUUCAUUACCGGGUUUGUGGGCGACCGACCGUCGUUCACUAUCAAAGCGGUUUAGACGAAAGUGUCGGUGCUCCCGCGGCGGGCGCGGCAGGUGGAAACUUGUAGUUCAAGAAAAAACUGUGAUUUUGAUGAGUCUGUGGUGACAUAUUUGAUCGAAACAGCAAAACAAAACAAAAAUCGGAAGAAGAAGCUGACCGUGCUCGGAGAGAGUGCGGUAAAAUGCUGCAACGCCAGCUAGAAGAAUCGACCGUCAACAACCUGUGGAACUACCUGGUGUUCGUGGCUUUCGUAGUAAUCUCGGCGCUGAUUCCAAUCCGGAAGCGACUAUGCAGUCGGAAGGUGAAGACGAAGGAGGACUACGCCUUUGGGGCCGGCCGUAUCUCCAUGCUGGCGAUGAUGCUGUCCAUCACCCGCGGGACACUGGGCGUCAUCUCUGUACUGGGCUAUCCCAGUGAGUUCUUCUAUCACGGCACUGCAAUGUGGGAGACGCUGUACGGAAUGGUCACGGCUUAUCCGAUCGUGUGUAUGGUCUUCAUUCCGGUGUACUUCGAUCUGGGCAUUACCUCCGUGUAUCAGUAUUUGGAGCUAAGGUUUAAUAGUCGGCUGGUUCGAUGCCUUGCUUCGGGGACGUACAUCAUGCGGUCAUUGUUCAGUCUAGGAAUAACGAUCUACACUCCGACUGUGGCGUUGAACACCAUCAUCGGAGUUCCGUACUGGGUGUCGUUGAUGUGCAUCACUUGUAUCAGUAUUUUCUUCAACGCUCUUGGUGGUAUGAAAGCCGCCGUUGCUGCGGAUGUGAUUCAGAGUCUAAGCAUGACUGCCAUGCUGGUUGGAAUUGUUAUUUACUGUACUAUAGCGACUGGAGGCAUGGGACGGAUGUUUGAAAUUGCAGCCGAAAAUGAUCGCAUCAAUUUGUUCAAUUUCGCAGCAGAUCUCCACCUGCGAGUAACAACAACAUCGGCCUGGUUAAGUGAACUUUUCACUUCACUUAGUUUACUGGGCUGUCAGCAAAACUUCGUCCAGCGCUACUUAAGCAUGCCUACGCUGUGUAAAAUUAGAAAAACUAUGCUGGUGAACAUCCCACUGGUAGUGAUUCUGUUUUCCCUACCAUGGCUGGUUGGAGUAGGCAUAUAUGCGCUUUAUUACACGUGCGACCCAUGGAAGGCAGGAUAUACUGAGAAGAUGGAUCAAAUAUUGCCCUACUUCAUAGUGGAUUAUUUUGCCAAUGUACCAGGAGUGUGGGGUUUAUUCGUGGGAACAUUGUUCAAUGGGGCGCUUACUUUCAACAUUUCCAGCCUCAACUCGCUCGCCAUUGUAACGUGGGAGGAUUUCCUCUCGAUUAUUCCGGGACUGAAAAGCAGAAAAGAUGGCUUUCAACUGACUGUGAUAAAAGUGGUUGGCUCGGUUUACGCGGUAAUUAUAAUGGGCAUAGGGUUCCUCGUAGGAUUAUUAUCAGGCGUUAUAGAAAUGUCGGUGCUGGUGCUUUCAGCCACGUCCGGCCCUUUACUGGGUGUUUUCAUCCUCGCGAUGUUUGUACCGUUCGCUAAUUGGAAAGGGGCUGCAUUGGGGAUGAUUCUCUCGCACGCGGUAACAAUCUGGAUUGUCACGGGACGUUUAUUGUACGUGGAAGUCAACGAUUCUCUACUUUCAACCUCGAUCGAAGGUUGCGAGAGGCAGUUUGUGCUCAGUUACAAUGUAACAUCUUAUGUUUUAACCGAUGAGCUUAGGCCAUCGUCUACAUCGCUUGAGGAAUCAUUGCUGUACCGGAUAUAUUCUGUAUCCUACAUGUACUACAGUGUGUUUGGCACCAUCUUGACUGUCUCUGUAGGUAUAGUGUUUAGCUUAGCAACGUGGAGCAAACUGGACGAGUAUAACACCAAGAUGCUCCAUCCGGCUGUGCGGUGGAUCCACUCCAGAUCUCCAUUCGGUGGCAAACGCUUCGGGUCGUUUGAUCUGAAUAAAAAGGUCAAACCUCACUCUGUAACAGUCAGUACUGUUAGUGCGGAGCGGAUUCACGUAAAAAGUUGACUUUUUGCUUUUUUUUUAAGAUUAGUACGUAUGACAACGAAUAAAUUGUAAAUUAUCUUAGUUUCAUGUGAUAGAUUGUACAAAAAUAAUAAAUUGAAUCGAGGAAUUAUGGUCUA